UGACAAAUUUUAGAAAUGGCUACAAGGUUGCUGAUUUGAUAAUGCCAUUCCACCCACCUCUCUCUCUCUCUCUUCCAUAGCAAACCAGGAUCACUCACUUCUCCUUCCUCUACCCUCCACACAUCACCGCCACAACAACAACAGGUACAUACCAUGCUCGACCCGACCCGGCAAAGAGACAACCUCAGGCUAACCAACCACAUCCAUGUCUCCGGCGAUGGUGCCCUCGACUACAGUUCCCGGGCUCGAAAGACCGCCGAAAGCUAUGCAAACUACAGGGCUACUGCUCAAACCAACAUUUGCGACUUCCGCAGCAAGACGAACGCAGACGAGGACUCCGGGGUAUGCACGCCGCCUCUGUGGCAGUCGAGCCCUCCGGGGAGCCCGCAGCGCCACCCCAGUGGCGGGGGUGGCAACCUUUACCGGAGCUUGUCGCCCUCGUCAAGGACGCAGGCAAUUGCUCGUGGGCAAAUGGAGCUCAUGGAGAUGGUGAGGAACAUGCCGGAGACGUGCUACGAGCUUUCUCUCAAAGACCUUGUCGAGUUGCCGAGGGCUCGGCAAGAGCUCAACACCAUGGCGGUGAUCCAAAGGGACGGGGGCGCCAAGAGACAGCACAAUAACAGGAGAGCUGAUGGGAGCAAUAAUAAAGGGCAAAUGAUGGGGAGGAGUGGAAGCAUCGACAAUGGUGGCUUCUUGCUUAAAAUGGUGUUCCCAAUUCCUUGGGGCUCAAGCAAGAAGAAAAAGGACAAUACAGGCAAUAACUUUAGCAAGGUCUCGCCGAGGCCCUCGAUGGAUGGACCGGCGAACGCCGGGGUCGAGAAGGAGUGGUGGAAGAAGAGGAAUUCCGUGUCGGGCGACAGCGAGAGUGUUGAUUCGAGCUUGAACGCCGGAAGCAUGAAGAGCAGCAGCAGCAGCAGCAGCAGAUGCAACAGCUCGAGUGGCAGCAAGAGGCAUGGGAAUGGAGGGUGCUGCUCGUUUCUUUGGACAAACAAGAUUGAAUCACGCAAGUGAGAACGAGCCUGCACUCCAGCAGUGUAACAUCAGUAGUAUUAUAUGCAUUCUUGGAGCGGAAGGAAAGGAGGUUGUCCCUCUCUCAAUGAACAGGUUCGGUCAAUUAUUAUGUUUCCUUUCAAUUGUCAAUUUCUCUCGGCAAAAGAAAAGGGGAAUAAGAAAGUGAACUUCUUUUACUUUUCGACAUGCCCGUAUUCGAAUGGGUGGCACUAGGAGAGACAAAACUCAAGUGUAGCUUUGCCUUUAUUUCCACUCCCAACAAUCAAAAGGACAGCAAUUUUAGGAAA